GACAGACUCUCGAUAUACCACAAUUUACGUUACUCAGUCUGGGAAUAUUUCUGAUAUUGAUGCCAGUAUACUUUUACAGAAACUUAACGAUGAAAAGGCUGUGUUGUAUAUACCUGUCAUCGUGUACAUGGCAUUACUGAUGCUGAUCGGAAUUACAGGGAAUCUGAUGGUAUGCGUUGUUUACAUUAAGAAGAAAUUCAAAUGUUCUACUGACUUUUUCAUUUUAAAUUUGGCAUUUCUCGACUUGCUGACUUGCUUCUUUGGAAUUCCCGUAGAAAUUGCAGAUUUAAGGUUCCCAUACACAUUUAAUGCCCCUGCCGCCUGCAAACUCUUCCGAACCGUGGAAUCUCUCACCAGCAUGGGCUCUACCCUGACUUUAAUUGGCAUCGCUGUGGAUAGAUACAAACGGAUAUGCAGACUCGGAGAGCGCUUCUCUAAUAAAACUGCGAAAAGGAUAUGCGCUGGCGCAGUGAUUAUAGGUGUUUUAACCUGUUGGCCCGCAGCAGUUGUUUUUGGUAAGAAGUCUGUGGAUGUUGGGGUACCAGGAAUUAAGGGGACGGACUGCUCGACGGAUGAUUCGCAACGACAUACCGUAUAUCCACUUCUUUAUUACGGUCUUGUUUUCCUUUAUUUCUUAAUUUGUGUUGUAAUAGUAACUUUCAUUUAUGUAAGGAUUUCUAUUUUUAUCAGAAGAGGUAAGCAAGAACAGAUCAGGAGAAAUUCCAACAGAUACGAAAUCAAUGCCGAAAUAACGACAACAACGGAAGACAGUCAAGAAACAAAUGCGCAUGCGUCAUCAACAUCUGGUGCAACCAAGGAAACAACUAUGGUGAACACAAUUAAAACCUCGCGAACUACCGUGAUAUGUAUAGCAAUCACAGUAGCUUUUAUUGUUAGUUAUCUACCUUUUCUCGUUGUCAUGGUAACAAGAAACAUCAAGAAAAAUUUCGAAAAGACUCUAUCACCUCCAGCAGAAGUGUUCUACAAGUUUUGUUUGAAAUCCUACUUCAUAAAUGACGCCAUUAACCCGGUUAUCUACAGUUUCCUCAAUAAGGCAUUUCGACAGGAAGUGAUCAGAUGGUUCAGAUGUAAAGCCUCCCCUAAGUACAGACAAUCCUGA